AGGAAAAAAAAAAUAAGAAAUUCACUAAAAAGAUUGAAGAGAACAAGUGCAAAUACAUGGGACAAAGAUGCCAACAUAAAAACGAGAUAAAUUAUAAGAAAAUUAUAAUGACUAAGGAAAUACAGGACAAAUAGGUCAUGAGCAAUUUCCAUAUCGUUCGCGGCUCUCUUUGCCGCCACUUGCGACCUCAACCACCUUAUAUAUCUCACACAUCUCACAUCUUCAAGCGAUACAGAUUCUCAGGCCGAACCAGUUCAAUAAGCAGGCCUAGAUGGGACAACCUCCCCGAAAGACCAGCUAGAACAAGAUUUGCCCCAUCCCCAACUGGCUAUGUGCAUAUAGGCUCCUUGAGGACAGCACUGUAUAAUUACUUGCUUGCGAAGGCCACUGGUGGUCAAUUCUUGCUCAGGAUUGAAGAUACAGAUCAGGCAAGGAUCGUACCAGAUGCUGAAAGUAGACUAUAUGAGGACCUGCAAUGGGCUGGUCUAAGUUGGGACGAAGAAUCCUAUAUAAUUUUCUCAUGCUCACCUUUCUCCUUUUAUCUAGGUCCUGAUGUGGGUGGGCUUUGUGGUCCAUACAAACAGUCGGAAAGACUAGAGAUAUACACCAAACAUGCAAAACAACUUCUUGAUGAAGACCAUGCAUACCGGUGUUUCUGUACCGCCGAAGAACUAGAUCAAAUGAGGGCCAUUAGUCUAGAAAAUGGUCACCCAACGAUCUAUAACAGAACGUGCACACAUCUUUCACCAGAAGAGUCUGUUAGCCGGGCAGCGAAUGGAGAGCCUCAUGUUGUGCGCUUCAAGAGCCCAGACCAACCUCUGGUAGAGGAUCUAGUGUACGGGAAUUAUAUAAGGCCUGAGCCGAUGGACGACUUUAUUAUCAUAAAACAGGACGGAUUCCCAACAUACCACUUCGCCAAUGUCGUUGACGACCAUCUGAUGGAGAUCACCCACGUGGUACGAGGAGCUGAAUGGCUGGUGUCUACACCUAGGCACGUAGCACUUUACCAGGCGUUCAAUUGGCCGACCCCCCAGUUUGCGCAUGUCGGGCUUCUUGUGAACAGCGAGAGGCAGAAACUGAGCAAACGCCACGGGGAUGUCGACAUCGCCUCUUGGCGAGACCGAGGAAUCCUGCCUGCUGCGCUACUCAACUACGUUAUGCUGCUAGGCUGGAGCUUAGGGAGGGGUGUGAAAGGACAGGACGAAGUGAUGAACUUGAAGGAAAUGGUUGAAAAGUUCAACCUGUACUUCACGAAAGGAGACAUCGUAGUGAACCAGAAGCACGAUUUCCUACAAAGAGCGCACGUGAAACGACUCGUGCAGUCCCGCAACACAGACGAGCUCUCCAGACUCGUACUCCCCAUCAUAGAAGCCGGCGUGGAGAGAUACGAAGAAGAACGGAAGGCCGCCUCAGUAUCGUCACUAGUAUCGUCGUUACCAUCUCCUUCCUAUUCUAACAUUGAUCCUCGUCUUGAUUUCUCUCCUCCUCCUCCUCCUUCUUAUUCUUCUUCUCCACCCCCCAGCACCGACGAAUCCACCACCACAACCCCCAAACCCUCCACCAUGCACAGCAUUGCCUCCGAGCUCGGGCGGCUCGUCCCGCUCGCCCGCGCCCGCUCCGGCUCCGACACCGCCCUCUCCAGCGCGUACAUCAAGCAGGUCUUCGACCUCGAAACCCAAAACUACAAGGACGUCGACAGCUUCGUCUCGCGGAACCGCUACCUGAUCUGGGAGGUGCCCGAGGCCAUGUACCAGCGCAGCGCGCUCGCCGAGGUGCCCAAGCCCAGCACGACCACGGACCCGCGCACGGGGCGGCAGCGCGAGCACACGCACAGGCAGACCAUCACCCUCGACGACGACACGCCGCAGACGCGCUCGGACCUCGUCGACACGCUCAGCGGGAUCCUGUCGGAGAUCCCCGCCGCCGACUGGACCGCCGAGACGAUCGGCGAGAAGGUGCUCCCCUUCCUGCGCCGCGUCACCUGCACCACCUCUACUUUCGUCAACGGCGUCCUCGCCGACGACGGCAGCCCCGAGCCCUGGGGCUACCACCUGUUCCGGUGGAUCGUGGCGGCGUCGGCUCCUGGCCCCGCGCUGAUGCCGAGCUUGGCGGUGCUGGGCAGGGCGGAGACGAUGAAGAGGGUCAACAAGGCGUAUGAGAUUGCGAUGGAGAUGGAGGCCGAGGUGGAGGAGGAGGAGGAGGAAAAGAGGAGGAAGGCUAAGGAGGAUGAGGAAGAAGAGGAAGAGGAAGAAGAAGAGGAGGAGGAGGAGGAAGAAGAGGAGGAGGAGGAAGUGGUGGUGGAAGAAGUAAAGCCAAAAAGGGGAAGAGGAAGGCCAAGAAAACAAAAACCAGAAAACGAAAAAUGAAUCAAUGCACUCUGACUGGAGGCAUAUUCCAUAUUCUGUGUAAAUAGAAAAAGGGGUGACUUGCCAAAGGCACAUGUAAGAAAAGAAGUACCCAAGUAUUCUUGGACGGAAAGUGUGUAUUAUCAUGUUUUUUCUCAUCUCUAACGAACUCCCAUUUGCCCCAAUCCGAACGCC